AUGGAAGAUUCAAAUUUAGCUAAGCUGCCUGCUGAUGACAAGCCAAAAAAAAACAAUGAUGAAUCACAUAAUGAAAAAGACAAAGAAGAAAAAUUUCAUUUCAAAUCUGGUUCAAAACCACCAAAAUUUAAAAAAAUAACACCAAUUGAAAUAGAUGAUCCUAAAAUUCAAGGUGAACCAAUACAUUCAAUAUUAAGAGAUCUUGAUGCUAUUGAUAUAUUAGAUGUUCAUACAAAUAUUGGUCCUGAUUUUAAAAUUCCAAUAUAUUUACAUCAACCAAUUUUAAUUUCUAAAGAUGGAACUAAAUCACAAUCGAAAAUUAGAGAUAGAAAACCUUUCAAUUUUGAACAAAUUAGAUUAGAUUUAGAUAAAGGAGAAAGACAAAUAAGAUUAAAUUUAGAAAAAGAGAUCAAGAGAGAAAAACAAAAGAGGUCAAUUCAAGAACAAAGGGGGGAAAAGAGAAGAAGGAGCUAA